GAUACGUGCGCGUGAAUUUAUGAAGAAUAUGAACAACCUUUGAGUUUUGCUAUAAAAAAAAAAACAGAGAAAGAAACACACGAUAUAUUUGAGGCAGAAACAGUGCUCCCCGCGAUAUUCGCUUCCCGCUCCUUUCGUCAACUAAUUAUCUCUAUUCCUUUAAAACUAUAACUAAAGGUUCUUUUUAUCCUUUUUCAUUUUUUUCUUUCUUUCUAAUUUUAUUCUAAACCUCACCAAUUUUAAUUACGUUCAUCAUCACCGUCUCUAAUUCUUCUUUCUAACACUUUUUCCACGAAUUUCGAUUUUGAUUCACAAACAAUUAUCACAAUAAUAAUAGCCUUUCUCUGUUCUCUGAAUUUUCAAUGCAAGACAUGAAGUCACCUGCUCGGCAGACGGUUUUGGUUUGUGAUUCAAAGAGUAAAAAAUCAUGUCUAUAUGGAAUUUUUCCAGCGGCACUUUUAAUAUGUAUUGCUGUAUAUCUCACAAGUUCAGUAUACUCACAAAGCUACAAAGAGAAACUAUCAAGUUUCAAAUUGGAUGUAGAUAGGAAUGUGGAAGUGGAAACUACUGAUAUAUGCAAGAAGCAGUGCAGGCCUAGUGGAAGUGAGGCAUUACCUGCUGGUAUAGUCUCAAGUACUUCCAGUUUGGAGAUGAGAGCUUUAUGGGAUCCUCAAACGCCUAAGAAGCGUCAUCAAGAAGGAUAUAUUAACGCAAAUGCAUCAACCAAUUUGUUUGCAAUGGCAGUUGGGAUAAAGCAGAAAGAUCUAGUAGACAAGAUGGUCAAAAAGUUUCUAGCAAGUAAUUUCACUGUGAUGCUUUUCCAUUAUGAUGGCAUUGUCGACAGAUGGAAGAAAUUCGAAUGGAGCGAUCGUAUCAUUCAUAUAUCGGUAGCUGAUCAAAGCAAAUGGUGGUUUGCCAAGCGUUUCUUACACCCCGACAUAGUUGCAGAAUAUGAUUAUAUUUUCCUUUGGGAUGAGGACCUAGGAGUUGAACAUUUUCACCCUGAUAAGUAUGUUUCUAUUGUCAAAAGUGAAGGGCUAGAGAUAUCACAACCAGCACUUGAUCCUAAAAAAUCAGAAGUUCACCAUCAGAUUACUGCACGUGGGAGGAGAUCAAACGUGCACAGGAGGACAUUUAAAGCUGGUAAUGAUGGUAAAGGAUGUGAUGAAAGUAGCACUUCUCCUCCUUGCACAGGGUGGAUAGAAAUGAUGGCUCCUGUUUUCUCAAAAGCUGCAUGGCGAUGUGUGUGGCACAUGAUUCAGAAUGACUUGAUCCAUGCAUGGGGUCUAGAUAUGCAACUUGGCUACUGCUCUCUGGGUGAUAGAACAAAAAAUGUUGGUGUUGUUGAUGCCGAAUACAUUGUUCACUACAAUCGUCCUACUCUUGGUGGCAUCGAUGAAACUGGGGUUUCAGUUGCAUCUCCUGAAAAGGACCAUAGAGUUGAUGUGAGGAGGCUUUCUUACAGAGAAUUAGAUAUUUUCAGAAAACGUUGGGAAAAAGCAGUUGAGGAGGAUAAAUGUUGGGUGGAUCCAUUUCAAUAGCUAGUACAUCAAUUGAAGUGAAGUCAUAGUCAAAGUUAUGUAAAUUUUGUAAAGAAAAAAAUACAUAUCAUUUAUGUGAAGUGAAGCAAAUGCAACUCACAGCUACAGCAAUUGAUCAUAAUGGAGACUUUGGAGAGUCUCAAGGGCAUAAAAUAAAAAUAAGAGAAUGUGGUAGAUAUGAUGAGAGAGUAGUUAGAAAGUUAAUUUAGAAGUGAGGUUCUUUUUACUUGGGAAAACAUCUUGCAGUCAUAUAUUAUUUAUAAAGUAAUUGAUGUUAAUUACUCAAGUGAAUUUGAAAACAGUUUGUGAUUAUUGGUUUCAUCAUAUUACCUUAUUUAUUUUAUCGGCUUA